AAAUUAUAUAUAUUCAAAUAAAGAAUUAAAAAAAAAAACUCUUCUCUUUCGUCUCUUCUUCGUUCCCCUGUAAUGGCGCUUCCACACAUACUCUCUUCUUCACCUUCUUCAACAUCGUUAUCUCCGUCUUUCAAACCAAAGCCUCCUCUCUCACCGUCCUUCGCUAGUAGUAGCACUCUCCGUCGGUGCAAGCUCACCUCCUCCUUCCGAUGCUCCUCCUCCUCUCUCCCCGAGAAGCAUCACAACGCGAACCCUCCACCGAAACAAGACGACGUCGUCCACCUCCCUCUCUUCCCUCUCCCUCUCGUCCUCUUCCCCGGCGCCAUCCUCCCCCUCCAGAUCUUCGAGUUCCGCUACCGCAUCAUGAUGCACACCCUCCUCGAGUCCGACCUCCGUUUCGGCGUCGUCUACUCCGACGCCGUCUCCGGCUCCGCCGCCGAGGUCGGGUGCGUCGGGGAGGUCGUCAAGCACGAGCGCCUAGUCGACGACCGGUUCUUUUUGAUAUGCAAAGGGCAGGAGAGGUUUCGCGUCACGAGCCUUGUCCGGACGAAGCCUUACCUUGUCGGGGAGGUGACGUGGCUUGAGGAUCGUCCUUCGGGGGAAGAGAAUCUUGACGCGUUGGCGGGUGAGGUGGAGGUUCUGAUGAAGGAGGUGAUUAGGUUGUCGAAUAGGUUGAACGGGAAGGCUGAGAAGGAGGUGCAGGAUCUGAGGAGGAAUCAGUUUCCGACACCGUUCUCGUUCUUUGUCGGGAGCACGUUCGAAGGUGCGCCUAGGGAGCAGCAGGCGUUGCUGGAGCUUGAGGAUACGGCUGCGAGGUUGAAGAGGGAGAGAGAGACGUUGAGGAAUACACUCAAUUACUUGACUGCUGCUUCUGCUGUCAAAGAUGUCUUCCCUUCAUCGUCUUAGUGAGUGAUCAUGAUGAUUGAUGAAGAUAUCUACCGGUAGUACAUAGAACUUUAUGAAUCUCUUGUGCGUUUGCUAUAUAUCAGUAAUUGAAUAUACAAAUGUUUAUGAAAAAAAAUGUGAGUUCACUGCUUGAGCUAUGGGUUGCCUCUCUCGGUGUUCGCAUUCGGUUUAACCGGUUUUUGGUUCUUUCCAGUAUUGGAAUAUAGAAACCGUUUCAUUAUUUAUAAAUUUAUUCAGUUUUCAUUC